UUGAUCCUUGUACCGUAAACAGCCUUAUAAAGUAUAUUGUGAAGUUAUUUCAUUAUUAUUGGAAUUAAUUUGUGAUAAUGGUCUUUUGUGUGCAAACAUUUCAAAACCACGUUCAAGAAAUGUGGUAUUAGUAAGGAUAAUUAAUUGAUGAAGUGGCUUCAACUGUGAAGAAUCUGAUUUUAUUGUUUUUCUUUCCAUGGUAUAGCCAGGGACAUUUAUUGUAGAUAUCAAAAUCGGGAAUUAAUUGAUCGAGAGUAGUGUCUCAAAUUUUGUAUACAUUGUUAAAUCCAUGUAACUCAAAAUACAACAUCAUUUGAACGCAAAAUUCCAUUUUGAAUGUUACAUGUUCAUAAUUUACACAAAAUUCAAGACACAAAGAUUCUCAAUUAAUUAAGUUCCCGUUCCCGAUACAUAUGUAUCGAAAGCUCGGAAUAUAUAUUAAAAAAGUACAUUUUGGUUUUUGAUUCCCAGAACAAUCACGUUUAUUGCUGUAUACUAUUUUUUGAUAAUAGAAUAUACCAAAAUAUUACACACAUUAUAAAAACAUUCAAAACUAAAAAUUUGGACACAACCAAAAAGUUAACCAGAAUAUUAAGACAAUCCAUUGAUACAAGUUUUUGUCUUAUUCACAAUUUCCAUCAUUAAUAUGUGCCAGGUUUGUUUCGUUUGUGUAGUUUUUGUAAAAUCCCCUUAAAAGUUCACGCAUUAUCACUUUUAUAAACAUCCAAGCUUUUUGCGGAUCUACUCCACCAAAAAUCCUCAUUUAAAUAUAAGUAUCAUACGUUGACUUUUUGGUUAGGUUGUCUUUUGAAAUGAUAGACAUAUUACAAAUACUUGUAAUGCCAAUUUUUUGUUGCAUGUACAUUAUUGAAUUGCACUACUCACUUAUCGUUAUUUUAUAAAUUACCAUAAUAAGGUCAAAGACCGUUUCAAUUCUACUUUUUUUUUAAAUCUCGAGACCACAGAUCAACCACUUGAGACUUGAAGUUUGCACAGGUCUGUAUAAGAAAAGAAAAGAAGAAUUUAUCAUAGAUUACAAUGUAUAUAUACUAUAGGUUAUAUUACAGUAUCAACGUAAUUUCAAUAAAUGUGGUGAUAAAAUUAUGUUUAAAAUAACUGAUCGAUAAAAAUCAAUAUGGAUACACUCAACGGACAUGUUAUGAAUUUAGCGAACAGCAUUAUUGGUGUUAGUGUACUUGCAAUGCCUUAUUGUUUCAAGGAAUGUGGAAUUAUAUUAUCAAUAAUAUUAUUAUUAAUAAGCAGUAUCGUUUCGAGACUAACGUGUCAUUACUUACUUAAAUCUGCAAUUAUAUCUAGAAGAAAGACGUUUGAAUUUCUGGCGUUCCACCUGUUUGGUAGCUUAGGAAAGCUUGCUAUAGAAAUAGGAAUGAUUGGUUUUCUACUUGGUACCUGCAUAGCAUUUUUUGUGGUAAUGGGAGAUCUAGGACCAUUAAUAAUAUCAGAAGUAACGCAAGCACAAAUUACAUCUACAACUCGUACCAGCAUUUUAUUAGCUUUAGCUCUAUUUGUGGUUUUACCACUUGGACUUUUAAGGAAUAUACAUAGUUUGAAUAGUGUAUCAAAAGCUACUAUGGUGUUUUAUUGUUGUUUAGUUCUUAGAAUCAUUAUUGAAGCCUUGCCGCAACUAUUUGAAGACAAUUGGUAUAACAAAGUCAACUUGUGGAGACCAGAAGGCUUAUUACAGUGUAUUCCAAUUUUCUCUAUGGCACUGUUUUGCCAAACACAGUUAUUUGAAAUAUAUGAUGUAGUUCCAAAUGCAACACUUGAUAAAAUGAACAAUUUAAUAAGACAUGCUGUUAAUUUUUGUACAGGAGUAUACAUCUGUGUAGGUUUGUUUGGAUAUAUAGCUUUUGUUAACAAAUCUUUCACAGGAAAUAUUUUAUUAAGUUUUGAACCAGGGUUUAUAUCACAUGUUAUGAAAGUGGGAUUUAUAUUUUCAAUUGCUUUUAGUUUCCCUUUGGUUAUAUUUCCAUGUAGAGCUAGUAUUUACUCGUGUUUAUUUAAAGAAGGUUAUUCUGUACAUGAAGGUAGUGUAAACUAUAUACCAGAGGGCAAAUUUAAAGGCCUCACUUUGUUAAUAGUAACUAUUUCUCUGACAGUUGGUAUUCUAAUUCCAAAUAUUGAACUAGUACUAAGUUUAGUAGGUUCCACUAUUGGUGUGAUGAUAUGUGUCCUCUUUCCUGUUACUGCUUUCAUUUGCGUUUCUCAAAAAAACACAAAUGAAAGACUUCUAGCACAAUUUUUGUUAAUGGUUGGUAUAUUUGUAAUGGUUGUUGGAACAUAUAGAAAUAUGCAAACUGUAGAUAGUCUACGACCUCAACUAGAGCUCAUUACCAGUAAAUCUCUACAUGAAUUGGAAACAAAUCAAGUCAAUAUUGAAAAAAGUAUAAAGAAGUUGCCUGUAACAGAAAAAAUUGAAAUAAAACCUGAAAUAAUAACUAGUGAUGAAGUUGUUAAAGAAGUCAGACAUGAACCGCCACAGCCUGUGGAGCCUGUAGAAGAGGAACCCGAAAAAAAGUUGAUACCUCAAGUUCCUAAAAAAAUAAAGAAUAUGUUACAACAAGAAAAAGUGAAAAAAUCAGUUGAAGAAAUUAAACCCGCUCUUGUUGCCAAAGAUAUAUUAAAUGAUACAAAGAAUGAACAAGUGGAUAUAGAAGCUAUAAAAAAAGAGGAUAAAGAAGAAUUGCUACUGAUAGAAAAAUUAGAAACGUUUAAAGAGAAAGAACAUACAGAUGAACAUAAAGCAUUAAUAGAAUCAAUACAAAAACAAAAUGAAGUCCAAAAAGAAAUUGUUGAACAGCAAAAACAAUUACUCGAGGUGAUAAAGAAACAACAAGAGACAGAGAGUGAACAAAAAUUAGAUGAGGUGAAACAAGAAAAAAUGAAAGCAGUGAAGCAAAUUGAAAUUAUCGCUCUCAAAGCUAUAGAAAAAAUUAGUGAAGGAGAAGAUGCCAAGAAAGUUGUAGAUGGUAUGAAAGAAGGUAUAGAGAAAAGUAAACUUAUAAAUCCAGAUACCAAGCAAAAUGUAGAUAAUCAGAUAGAUCAUAGCAAAAAAAUGGAUAAAGUGCCUGCUAGAAUUAAAGAAAAGGAACGGUUUGAAAAAAACGUUCAGGAAGUUAAAAUAGAAGUACAAGAAUUGAGUUCUCAAUUAAAUGAAAUAGAUCAAAAUUUGAAAAACAAGCAUGGUAAUGAUAUAUCUCAACAACAUCUAAAUACAGAAAACAAACUUGAACCAAAACGCAAUAUAAAUAAGCAUAAUGAUAAAAAAAGAAACAACGAAAAACCAAAAAAAUUGACAAAACAAAACAAUUCCAAUAAAGAAACUGAAUCUUUAAAUCAAUCUAAAAAUGGUUCCUUGUACUUGAAAGUCGGUGCAAGUGAUAUAAAAAUUAGUGACGACAACAAUCCUGCUAAACUUCUACCAUUACCUAUAGCAAUAUCCAAUUCAAAUAAAAAAAAUGACAAUACUGUAGAUGAAAAUGGAACAAAAAAAGACAAAAAUAAAAUUGUUGAUAAUAAACAGUCGAGUAAUGAAGUUCAAGCUUUAAGAAGAGAUAUUCUUAGUAUAUCAACAAAUUAAAAAAUAAAAUUAUUAAAAUGACUGCUAACCAUUUCAUAUUUAUUAUUCUUUUAACUUUUCUUUCAGUAUUUUUGUAUUUGUUUUGACAUUUUUGACUUUUUUUCUUAUUAUUAGUAAAAAAUUUUAUUUGUGGUGUAAUUGAUAGUGAUAAAUGCAUAUAUGUAAUACUUCUGUAUGGACAGUUUCUAUAAGUGGAAGCCAGACAGGAAGACAGAAUAAUAACGCUUUCUCUAUCCUCCGAGGUUCCAGCUCGGUUCCACGCAUUCUCAAGCAUGCGCAGUUCAGAUAAAGUAUCUCGAAAGAGAGAGAAAAUGAAUUUUGUCGGCACCGUAACGUAGGGACGUUUUUUCCCAUAGCAACUGUCCAUAUAGGAGUAUUACAUAUAUGGAUAAAUGAUGGUUUAGGCUAAGAUUCAUAGAAAAUAGUUUAUUGCGAAAUUUCCUAUUUAAUUUAUUAAAAUCAAAAUUAUUCAUAUCUCACUCAUAUUUCAAAGGGGCAUAUUCCAAAAAAAUUGGCAUUUUCCGUCCAAUGUAUACUUUAAGAUUAUGUUGAUUUAAUAGUACUAUAUAAUUAGUACUAACAGAUUCCGCGUGGGGCGCCAAGAGUCACUAUUGCAAUGAGUUAAGUCCUUCUAUGAGAGUGAAGAUUUCCAAUAUAUGUAAUACUCCUAUAUGGACAGUUUCUAUAAGUGGAAAGUGUUCCGACUAAGUGAAACAAAUAAUGUAUCGUUCUCUCUCUCUCUCUCUCCUCCGAGCGCUUCAGUUAGUUCUUCGCAUCUUUUGCGCGCAGUAUAAAGUGUCCCGAACGAGAGAGAAAAUGAAUAUUUUCGGCAACGUAACGUAGGGACGUUUUUCUCCCAUAAGAACUAUCCAGAUAGGAGUAUUACAUAUAUGAGAUUUUCACGAGGUGGUUAUGAGAAAAAUAAGAAGAAAAAAUGCAUAAAUUUGGUUCUGACCCCGGCCUACACAACUAAGUCAAAGAUUGACGCAAACAAAAAAUAUUUAUUAUCUUUAUUUGAAUGUGAUUUCCAAGUCAUACCAACAUCGGGCUACGCUAGAUUUGAAAAAAUUAUUUCAAUUUAAAAUUCUCGUUCCACGUUGCUCAAUAUCAUUUUGUUUUUUUUUUUAUGCUGUUCUUCCUUACAUUAAACGAAGAUUUACUUAAGUUUAAACACAACUUUUGAGGGCGAGCUUUAGUUUAAACAUUUUUGGGUUUACUAAUUUCGUGUUUUUUUUCUUACAUUAAACUAAAAUUUAAAUCAAGUCAAAUUUGGUUUCGUUCUCCAUAAGUUUUAACUCAACAAGUCUAAAUCAACUUUAACAAUGGUGCCAUAUCAUUCGAAAAAAAAUGUUUUAAAGCUCUUCAUAGAUUUUACAUGAGUAAUUAGUAAAGAUAUCAUUAAAUCUGUAUGGUACGCCUAUGUACUGAAUCAACUGAUUCAGAAAACAUUUCAUUUAUAAUAGUUUUUGUUUCGUAUUUCCUUUAAAACUAGCAUCUAUGAAUUUAUGGCACUAUUGAAUUAGUGGUGCGAUAUGACAAAUAUAUAUUAUAAUUUUUUAGGACUUUGCCUCACGAAAUUUCGGAUUUUCACUUCAAUUAUGUUUCUUAGUUAAUAAAAAUUUUCAUACAGGGUAUAUUAUAUCGCUAGUCCUUCAGCAAACUGGCAUGUAUUCGUGUAUAACUUCAUUGCAAUUAUUUUUGACACAUUGUAAUUGCAGUUACUUUAACUACCAUUUCAAUUGUAAUGUAAAUAACAAAAUGUGAUAUUUAUAAUCAUUGACUGUGAUUUACUUAUUAUUUAAAAUCUAAUGUAAAAGAUGUAAUAGACUGUAUCGAAGAAUGAUUUUAAAAAUAAAAAAAUAUGAAAUACAACUUUCAUGUUAUUUACUACAGUGUGCUACAAAAUUAACAGCUCAAUAACUUGUUUGCUAAUACUUUAACAAAUGUCAAAUUCUUGGUUAAAUAUUAGAAAAAACG